AUGAGCAACUUUAGUAAUAAAAAAGGUUUAACAAAUUAUUCUUAUUUAGUUGGUAAAUAAACAAGAGCUUAAAACAAGAAGUAGGCCGCAGCCCCUGUAAUGUUGAAGAAGAUGAAACUUAUUUCGAAAAGCAAAGGGAUAUAUAAGUUGGAAGUGGAUGAAGCCUUUGUCCAAUAACUAUAGCAAGUUUAACAAUUUUUGUCAGAAUUAAACGACACUAUGGUCGGUCCUGUAGAAUAGAGUUAGGCAAUGGCUCAAGAAUCGAAUCCCCAAUUUGAGCAGUAAGAGGAGGAAGGGUCAUCGUCUGCCUCAGAAGAUAAAAGUGGUGCUCCAAUGUCUCAACAACCACAAGAGCAAUAAUCUCAAUAACCCAACGAGGUCAAGGAAACGUAGGACUUUUAUAGACGUAUACCUCAUUUUUUUAUGGGGAGGUUCAAGAAAUGGGCAAAGAUUUUAAAAGAAGAUGAUGUUAGUUCAUUUUUACAUCAACUAAAGUCUAAUAAGAAAUCGAAACAGGGCAGAUAUGAGUUGGGGGAUUUUCAUAAAUGUUUUUAGAUUGACAAAAAUGAUAGCAAUGAUUAAUAAAAGCAGAAGAAGAAAAUAAAAGAAUUGUUUCUUGAAUUUUUAUAGAACGAGGCCGUCCUCCAGAUCAUCCAAUAUAACAAGAUCACCAACCAGGAUUAGAAGAUUAAAUACAUAGAUGUGAUUCCGAAUAUGGUUUAGGAGAUGUACAGUGAUAAGCCAUUUGAUUAAUUUUUGGCUCAGUAGAACAUAGAGAAACAGAUAAACAAAAAGAAGCAGUUGUUGACUGAGACCCAGGAAGUGAAGCAAUAGCAGCAUUAGCAACUCCCUUAACAAAAAUAAGAUCUAUCUUUUGAGGAGCCCAUGAAGCUAGCGCGAGAAGUAUCAUUUCAAAGCUAAUUAUGA